CUGAAUACAGAGCCAUUUUUAGGUCUACAUUUGAGGCAUACUGUUUGCCAUGUUCAUAUUGCAAUUUACAUUUCGGCUACGUUCCUAUAGCCUAAAGUGGUUGUCACAUCUAUCUGUUUCAAAUUAUUUGUAUUUUUUUUUAUUGUAUAGAGAUCUUGCUCAGAAAAUUGAUCCUGGGAGCUGGACUGAGAAGACUGGGCAUGAUAUUGUGAGCUUGCCACGACAGAUCUGUGGUAAUGACUGUGGGAUUUUUGUGCUUAUGUAUACACUUUCCAUUGUGACAAGCACAGGGUUUCAAUUCCAAGAGAUGGACAUGCCUUUGAUUCGGAAGUGGUGGUGUCUUCUUCUAAUGGAGCGUUUUAAAAUUGAUGGGUAUGGCCAGAGGUUUGCCUUCUGGACUGAUGAGGCCAGAAGUUUGUUACAGGGAACCCUUCAGCCAAUAUUCAGAGUGCCAAGGAAGCGUGCCAUCACUGAGGAAAUUCCAGCCCACACGCAGGCUGUCUUCGACCGCACUGCAGAGGAAAAGAGACUGGUGGACUUCAUUGUACAGUCACCGGGAGCUGAACAGCAUUUGGUGGACGUACUCAACGGGAAGACUUCAAAGUGGUAUCCUCCGAAGUCCUUUCGCCAGGUGCCUGUCUACCUUGACAGUGAAGAACAACAGGACAACCUUUUUGCUUUUCUGAAGUCAGUAAUACAUAAAACACCUACGCAGCUGAGCUUCACGGAUGAAGUGCAGGUCAUCAUAUAUGGCCUGGCUGGGCUUCAGAAUUGGUCUCUGCAGGAUGCUGAGCAGGCCUUCCUCUCUGGUCCUGAUUAUCAUCACAGUGAAGUGGAAGAAUUUAAUAGGGUGAUAGAGAAACAACUGAGAAAAGAGGGGAGAGCAUCCAGCUGGAGUCAGUGAAGACGUCGUCCAUGAAGUUCUUUCUAUGUGGUUCACGUCAUGAACAAAUUUGUUUUUGUGUGUGUUCAAGUUCAACUGUUAAUAUAU